GUCCGGAUGAAGGUCUGGUAGUUGGAGAAGGCCAGCUCCCGGGUCUGCUGCAGGAUCUGGGCCCGCUCCUCAGCCAGCCGCUCCGGCUCCCGGAGCAGCGUGUCCAGGCUGAAGGAGCUGAGCUCGGACAGACAGCUUCAGGUGCGUCUCCGCCCCCUGCAGGCCGCAGAGUGAACUACAACAACACCACCACCACAGUAUUACAGACGUCACCGGAAGUGGGCGGGGCGUCUCAGUUGCUAAGCUGCAGCGGAGCAGCAACCGGACUGUCAACAGGUUCCUCUGCUAGCUGCUGACGGAUUCUCCGGUUAACGGCCCCGCCGAGCCUUCAGGGGACUAACGGACACCGACACCGCCAGGUGCAGGACGCUGCGUGCAGACGGAGACGAGACGCUGAUGUCUGAACUUACUGAUCCUCACUGAACAACCGUCUGCAGUGAAACAAAGCGUGACCAGCAUGGCUGCAGCUAACACCACCAAGAUCUCAUGGAGACUGCAGGAGUUCGAGGCUCACUCCAGCAGCGUCUCCUGCUCAGCUCUGGCCAAAAGCUCGGGCCGCCUGCUGGCUACAGGAGGGGAGGACUGCAGGGUCAACAUCUGGGCCGUCAGCAAGGCCAACUGCAUCAUGAGUCUGACUGGUCACAAGAACCCAGUGGAGUGUGUCCAGUUCAACACGUCGGAGGAGCAGGUGGUCGCUGGCUCCCAGUCCGGAUCGAUACGAGUCUGGGACCUGGAGGCUGCAAAGAUUUUAAGGACUCUGAUGGGACACAAAGCCAACAUCACCAGUCUGGGCUUCCACCCGUUUGGAGAGUUCCUCGCCUCCAGCUCCAUGGACACAAACAUCAAGCUGUGGGAUGUGCGGAGGAAAGGAUACGUGUUCAGGUACAAGGGACACACUCAGGCUGUGAGGAGUCUGGCAUUCAGUCCAGACGGGAAGUGGUUAGCUUCAGCCAGCGACGACUGCACCGUCAAGCUGUGGGACCUGACUCAGGGGAAGACUAUCACAGAGUUUAAAUCUCACACUGCAGCCGUCAACAUCGUCCAGUUUCACCCCAACGAGUACCUGCUGGCCUCGGGCAGCUCCGACAGGACCAUCAAGCUGUGGGAUCUGGAGAAGUUCUCUAUGAUCGGCUCGUUGGAGGGAGACACGACUCCAGUCAGGUGUGUGUUUUUCAGCUCAGACGGCAGCUGUCUGUACAGCGGCUCCACAGACUCUCUGCGUGUGUUCGGCUGGGAGCCGAACCGCUGCUUUGACGUGGUUCCUGUGGGCUGGGGGAAGGUCUCCGACCUCGCCGUCUGCAACCAGCAGCUGAUUGGCGUGUCCCACCAGCUCUCCAGCGUCUCCUCCUAUGUCGUCGACCUGAAGCGUGUGAAGAAAAGCGGUGGCGCCAUGAUCCAGGGCAUCAUCAAGGACAACCAGCCGCUCACAGAGCCCAAAGACCCCAAAGGAGCCGCGCUACGCCGGAACUACGACAGACCCACAACCACCUGCAGCUCACAGAGGGUGAAACAGCGGUCAGACGCUGACAGGCGAAGCCCCGAGGGCGAGAGGCGGAGCCCCAGCGAGGACGAGGCCGACGAGAAGCUGUCGUCAGCAGAAAUCCACAACGCAGAAGACUUCAAGGAGAUCUUCCAGCCCAAGAACGCCAUCUCUCGGACUCCUCCCAGAAUGUCAGAGCCUUUCCCUGCUCCUCCAGAGGACGACCCUGUGUUGGCGAUCGGCCGCCAGCUGAAGGACAUGGUCGCUCCCUUUCCUGAAAAACUGCCGAAGGCUCCUCCCCUGGCCUCCUCCACACCGGUGCAGAGGGUGGAGCCUACAGUCGUCUCCUGUGCGAAGCGUGCAGCGCCCUCGGCCAUCGACCCGCUGUCCUCCAGCCCCCCUGCCUCAGGCCCCCCCCCUGCUCCUCCUCAGCCUCCUGUUUUGACGGCAAAGUCUAAACCGCAACCUAAAGUCAUCCUCAGCACCAGAAACGAGCCCAUCGGACUGAAUGUGGCCGACUUCCUGCCUUCGUCUCCCAACAACCGUGCGGGCGCUCUGAUCGACGAGGAGGCUCUGUCCCAGCUGAAGAAAGGUCACGACACCAUGUGUGUGAUGCUGCGCAGCCGACACAAGAACCUGGAGACGGUCCACGUGGUGUGGGCCCGCGAGGACAUCAAGAGUGCUCUGGACGCCGCCGUCUCCAUGAACGACCUGUCCAUCGUGGUGGACAUCCUCAACAUCAUCAACCUUCAGCCCUCUCUGUGGAAACUGGACCUGUGUACAACCAUCCUCCCUCAGAUCGACCAGCUGCUGCAGAGCAAAUAUGAAAGCUACAUUCAGACUGGCUGCACGUCUCUGAAGCUCAUCAUGAAACAUUUCUGGAUGCUGAUCUCCGACACGCUGAAGGCCACGCCGUCUGUCGGAGUGGACAUCACAAGAGAGGAGAGACACCACAAGUGCAGAGUCUGCUGCAAGCAGCUGAAGAACCUGAGCAACAUGGUGAAGAACAAGGCGGGGCAGGUCGGCCGACACGGCAGCGCCUUCAAAGAGCUGCAGCUGCUGAUGGCGCCGCUGGACGACUCGCUCUGAGCCGCCAUCAUCACAGGACGAGUCAGCUGAUCUGACGGACAGACAGACUGGUGAAAGAUUUUUGCACUUUGUGUGUCGCUGUGACACGAACCCUCCGGAGGAAGAACUUUGUGAAUAAAAGUGUUAUUUAAAGACUAAAAGAACACGGACACACUAAGGAAAUCAGAGAAGAAGAACGUGUCGGCUGGACUCAGGGAGGAAACACUCGGUGAGGUGCUGUCAGGUUUCCUCUCUGAGGGAGAAAAAGACGCUCAGGAUGCUGCAGACAGACGUCGUCUUACCUGCUGUCAAUAUCAAAGAACAAUCAACUGACUGAGUUUAAAGGAAGAGUUUAACAUGAAGCAGUUAAAGACUGGAAACCCACCUAUCAGCACUUCUAAAGCUCAGUAAUUACAUAAACAUAAUCGUUCUCUACAAUCCUUAAAACACAUUUAUAUUAUUUACAAAGACACAAGAGAAAGAAAAUCAACGAAAAGUCCUGCAAAACAAGCGCAACAUAUCUCAGGACAUUCAGCUAACUAGUCAAAUUUGCAUAUGUAUUCAAUAAAUAAACACAAAAUUUAACCAAAACCCAAAAAUAAACCAAUAAAUCUGUAUUCAGUCCCCAAAAGUAAAAUCCUGGUGUAGAAUACAAAGAGUUAGACAGUCAGAGCUGUGGAUGGUGUUAUGUUAUAUAUUAUACCUAAAUAAUCUGUUGUUAAUGCAGAUUAAACAAACAGAAUACAAACAUGAUCAUCUGAAGCUUCAGAGCUGCUGGAAAGUGGAUUUUGUUUCCUUUCAAUCAAGUUUAUAAAACUAGAUAAAUGUCACUUUGGACAAAUCCCAGUCAACACAACAAGCCUGAAUGUGUUUAUUGAGACUUGGAUGUUCAUGUGAGGUAAAAGCCUCUUUCACACCUGAAGCGGUUUCCAGUCUUUAUGCUAAGCUAACAGCUAACAAACACGCACUUUUCCCAACAUGUCAAACUUUUCCUUUAACGCUGCCAAGAAGCUCUGGUGUGGAGAUCUUUAAGAACAGACGUGUUGAGGGGGAGCGCCUCAUUCUUGUGCCUCUUCUCACCUGAAACAGACGAUCUCUGGUGGCUGACAAACGUAAGCAAACUUAAACUAAAGUCAGAAACUGUGAGGUCAGCGGACAGCUGCAGAAACACACUGAGUCCAUCAUAGAUUUUUUUGAUGUUGAAAUAUUUUCACUGUUUCUAUUUUUCAGACAAUUAGGUUCUGCAUUUUAAAUGGGACAUUCUGUUUAUUUAAAUAAAGAUGUACACAUCUGGAUUAAA